CCAUCCCAGCGGUUUGAAGGACUGGAAGCUUUACAUUACCUCAGAGAAAUAGGAGGUAAUUCUGUCAACAAUAUUGUGGUUGCAGGUGACUCAGCCGGUGGAAAUCUAGCACUAGGAAUUGUCUCUCAUAUCUUGCUUCCACACCCUGAUAUAAGUGUGGCAUUUGCUCCGAAGGAGUCAUUGUCUGGGCCACUGCAACUAUGCCCUUGGGCCACUUUCUUCCGGAAGCGGGAUUUCAUUGAGAGAAAUAAAUUCAAGGACUCUAUUGCACUUAUUCCUAGCAGCUGCUACGUUCAGUGUUUUCUCGGUGGCAAGCCCUCGAAUAACUACAACGAACCUCUUUCAAGUCAUGGAAUCCGGAUCAUGAGAGCUGAUGAAAUGUCCUGA